UUUUUUCGGAUAGUGGAAAACCAGCAGCCUCCCGCGACGAUGCCCCUCAACGUUAGCUUCACCAACAGGAACUAUGACCUCGACUACGACUCGGUGCAGCCGUAUUUCUACUGCGACGAGGAGGAGAACUUCUACCAGCAGCAGCAGCAGAGCGAGCUGCAGCCCCCGGCGCCCAGCGAGGAUAUCUGGAAGAAAUUCGAGCUGCUGCCCACCCCGCCCCUGUCCCCUAGCCGCCGCUCCGGGCUCUGCUCGCCUUCCUACGUUGCGGUCACGCCCUUCUCCCCUCGGGGAGACAACGACGGCGGUGGCGGGAGCUUCUCCACGGCCGACCAGCUGGAGAUGGUGACCGAGCUGCUGGGAGGAGACAUGGUGAACCAGAGUUUCAUCUGCGACCCGGACGACGAGACCUUCAUCAAAAACAUAAUCAUCCAGGACUGUAUGUGGAGCGGCUUCUCGGCCGCCGCCAAGCUCGUCUCAGAGAAGCUGGCCUCCUACCAGGCUGCGCGCAAAGACAGCGGCAGCCUGAACCCCGCCCGCGGCCACAGCGUCUGCUCCACCUCCAGCUUAUACCUGCAGGAUCUGAGCGCUGCCGCCUCAGAGUGCAUCGACCCCUCGGUGGUCUUCCCCUACCCUCUCAACGACAGCAGCUCGCCCAAGUCCUGCGCCUCGCAAGACUCCAGCGCCUUCUCUCCGUCCUCGGAUUCUCUGCUCUCCUCGACGGAGUCCUCCCCGCAGGGCAGCCCCGAGCCCCUGGUGCUCCAUGAGGAGACACCGCCCACCACCAGCAGCGACUCUGAGGAGGAACAAGAAGAUGAGGAAGAAAUCGAUGUUGUUUCUGUGGAAAAGAGGCAGGCUCCUGGCAAAAGGUCAGAGUCUGGAUCACCUUCUGUUGGAGGCCAUAGCAAACCUCCUCACAGCCCACUGGUCCUCAAGAGGUGCCACGUCUCCACACAUCAGCACAACUACGCAGCGCCUCCCUCCACUCGGAAGGACUAUCCUGCUGCCAAGAGGGUCAAGUUGGACAGUGUCAGAGUCCUGAGACAGAUCAGCAACAACCGAAAAUGCACCAGCCCCAGGUCCUCGGACACCGAGGAGAAUGACAAGAGGCGAACACACAACGUCUUGGAGCGCCAGAGGAGGAACGAGCUAAAACGGAGCUUUUUUGCCCUGCGUGACCAGAUCCCGGAGUUGGAAAACAAUGAAAAGGCCCCCAAGGUAGUUAUCCUUAAAAAAGCCACAGCAUACAUCCUGUCCGUCCAAGCAGAGGAGCAAAAGCUCAUUUCUGAAGAGGACUUGUUGCGGAAACGACGAGAACAGUUGAAACACAAACUUGAACAGCUACGGAACUCUUGUGCGUAAGGAAAAGUAAAGAAAACGAUUCCUUCUAACAGAACUGUCCCGAUCAAUCACCUAUGAACUUGUUUCAAAUGCAUGAUCAAAUGCAACCUCACAACCUUGGCUGAGUCUUGAGACUGAAAGAUUUAGCCAUAAUGUAAACUGCCUCAGAUUGGACUUUGGGCAUAAAAGAACUUUUUUAUGCUUACCAUCUUUUUUUUUUCUUUAACAGAUUUGUAUUUAAGAAUUGUUUUUAAAAAAUUUUAAGAUCUACACAAUGUUUCUCUGUAAAUAUUGCCAUUAAAUGUAAAUAACUUUAAUAAAACGUUUAUAGCAGUUACACAGAAUUUCAAUCCUAGUAUAUAGUACCUAGUAUUAUAGGUACUAUAAACCCUAAUUUUUUUUAUUUAAGUACAUUUUACUUUUUAAAGUUGAUUUUUUUCUAUUGUUUUUAGAAAAAAUAAAAUAACUGGCAAAUAUAUCAUUGAGCCAAAUCUUAA